AGUUUCUUGCGUUACAGAGGCUGUGAAUUUGGGUGCUGUUGAAAGUGUGAGGCGAGUUUUUUGUUUGUUUUUUUGGUUGUGCCAUGUCUGGGGAUGUGCAGCCUAAGCGUCGGAAGGACAAGGACAAAAAGAAGAAAAAAGCUCAGCCGGAGGGUUCCACUGAUGAUAUGGGCUCCGAAGACCCCGUGAAGCAGUUUCUUAUUGUUGAUGAUGAAGAUGGAGGGGAUUUGCCACCAGGGGGAGACUCAUCUCACGAAGUUCACGAUGAUCAUCAUGGGCACGGAAGUGCUUCCAUGUGUGGUAGAAUUGUCUUCCUGACACUGUUUGUUGCCCUUCUUGUUGGUGUCUUUGCUGUCUUUUGCGAAAGCUGGGGAAAAUCCAACACUGAAGUGUCAAUAAAAGAGUCAAGGUUCGCAGAACUCUUCAGAGGCUUCGUGGAGGACGUGGACGAACACGAGCACGAGGACGAUCAUUUGCCUCAUGCAUCACACGACGACGAUGAAGAAGAAGGAGAAGAGGAAAGUAGUCACCAGCCUUGGCAAGAAGAGGUUCGUUCUGCGCAGCAAACUCGGUCUGCGACCACAGACCCUCCUGUGCCUGAGCCUGAAGUUGAGCCCUCGACGAUCCUCGCUGGUGUGACCGAGUCCAGAUUAGCUGCAGACGCUAAAACUCAUUUUGAUGGGUUGCGAACUGAACCCCUUGAUGCUUCGUCCAGCAUGGGAAUGAAGAGUGUGGUUGAGAGUAGUGAGAAAAAGGUUGAGCCCGAGGCUGUGCAAGGGCAGGCGACUGAGCUCCUGAAAACUGUGCAAGUGGAGCUCAGCUCGUCUACUCUGGGACGUGAUGUGCCUUCUUACCUAACCCUUGAGACUUCUGGAGAGAUUCAUGCGGAGGAUGAUGACUCGUUACUCAGCUAUUUGUCGAGUUCCAGUGUUCCUCCAGAGCCAGUGGAUGAGCCCUUGUUCACUCAGUCCACGUGGCCUUUAUCUGGAACUGAGCCCGAAGUUCUAGAAUCUGUGGAGAAAUUACCAGAGGAACAGGUUGAUGAUCAACCUGUGGAGCAAGUUAACGAGCAACAAAGUGAUGAAGGGUAUGAAUCAGAUCGAGAAUCACCACCUGAACACCCUGAUGUUCAUUUUGAACAGUCUGACGAAGUUAUUGAGAAGCAUGUGCCCACUGUUCAAGCUCCACCGGUUAUUGAAAUCAGUGAAGCUGUGGAUGAAGUUGAGCAUGUUGAGGAACCGAAACCUGUUGUGGAAGAACCGGAAAUUGAGCAUGUUGAGCAAGUGGAAUUUGAUAAACCUGAGCCUCACCAAGAGGCAAAAAAUGUUGAAGACCCGGCAGUUUCAGUUGUGGAACACAGGGUUAUUGAACCGAAAGAAGUUCCGGAGAAGCAUGUUGAGCCGCUGGAACACAUAGAAAUUGAGCAUGUUUCUGUUGAAGAACCGCAGAUUGUUGACAACGUUCUUCCGCAAGUUGAGGAGAACGUUGUCGAACAUGAACCUGUCCUUCAGGAUUUGAAUGAAGUUCCAGCAAGAUCAGUUGAAGCUUCUGUGGAGGAAGAAAAGUCUCCUGUGCAUUCUCCAGAACCGGAACGUGUUGUCAUUGAACCGGAACUAGAUCAACACGCUCAAGUUGAAGAAAGAACGGAAGUCCCUUCUCUGGAACCGGAACCUUUAGUGGAGGAACCGGAAAUUGAACCCAGGGAGAGUCCGUGGGAUCGAUACGAAUUCAGAGACAUCACCAAUGAGGAUGACUUUGAAGUUCGAGAAGAACUCGACGAACUUGAUCGUUUGUACGCUCAGGACGAGCUGUACCAAGAUCACUAA